AUGCCCCGAUGGCGGCAGCUCUGGGAGCCCUCCCAGCCCUGCCCUGGCACCCCAACAACGAACCUCAGCGACAUUGCGGAUCACCUCCAACCUCUCUACCUCAGUGACAUGGCAGCCGCCAACAGCUUCCCCUUGCUCUUCACCCACCGCAUCAGCAAGGUCAUCAACGUCUCCCUGGAGGUGGUGAACACCCUCUGUCCCCACACUGAGUACCUGCACAUCCCCAUGAUGGAUGCCCCCACCACCCGCAUCUCCAGCUGCUUCGGCUCCACGGCAGCUAAUAUCCACAGCGUGGACACGCGGGGUUGGAUGCUGCUGCACUGCGCUGCCAGGGUGAGCAGGUCCACCAUCUACUUGGUCUAUCUCCUGAAGCACCGCUCCAUGUCCCUGGCGGGCACCCACGCCUGGGUCGAGUCCUGCCGUCCCAUUGUCUUCUGGCAGCAGCUCAUCCACUACGAGUACAAACUUGGCGUCAACAGACUCCGAAUGAUCAGCUCUCCGUCGGGGAUGAUACCCGAUGUUUAUGAAAAUGAAGUAAGAGUAAUGCUGCUGCUCUGA